CUUCUUUUAAUGUACUUUUAAUGUACUAAUACUCCAAUAUUCUUGAAAAUUAUGGCGAGUCAAACAGUCUUAUACAUUGAAAUAUAAAUGGCAGUGUGUUUGAGGAAGACUAGGAGAGGAUAUUGAGAGUGAGUGGCUUUUAGGGUAUAAGCUAUAUUUGUAGCUGUAAAGUUCAAGAAAAGUAGUGCCCUGUCUUUAUUAGAGAAAUUAAAUAAUGUGAAGAAAUUAAAGUCUCAAGAAGGCACAGACUAUAGAGUAUACACUCCCCUUAUAAAUUCCUUAUCAGUAACUCAAUAUAACCUCACAGUUCUUCAGUCUUCACUCUCUUCUCUCCUUCGGAAAAUUUCUCCAAUUGUUUCUUGAAUCCUUUUCUGCUGCUAGUGAAGCUUUGUAAGGUAGAAACCAUAAUGGCCAAGAAGCCUAGAAUUGUGAUAAUUGGAGCAGGGAUGGCUGGUCUUACUGCAGCUAACAAGCUUUAUACUUCCACUAGCUUUAAUGAUUUGUUUGAGCUAUUUGUUGUUGAAGGUGGGACUAGGAUUGGUGGCAGAAUCAACACUUCAGAGUUUGGUGGUAACAGAAUUGAGAUGGGUGCUACUUGGAUCCAUGGUAUAGGAGGCAGCCCAAUUCACCAAAUUGCUCAAGAAAUCCAUGCACUAGAGUCUGACAAGCCAUGGGAGUGCAUGGAUGGCUUAUCGGAUGAGCUAAAGACCAUUGCUGAAGGUGGGUUCGAGCUGAAUGCCUCUAUUGUUGACCCCAUAUCAACCCUUUUCAAGAACCUGAUGGAUUUUGCUCAAGGAAAGCCGACAGAAGACAGUGCGGGCACUGAAGAUGUUCGUUACUAUAAUUUUGCAGCUAAAGAAGCAUCCAAAGGUUGUACAAGCAAUGGUGGCUUUGGCAACCACAGUGUCGGUGCUUUUCUUAGACAAGGCCUUGAUGCUUAUUGGGAUUCUUCCAAGAACCGUGAGGAGCUCAGAGGAUACGGUAAAUGGAGCAGAAAGUUGCUAGAUGAAGCCAUUUUUGCCAUGCAUGAAAACACCCAAAGGACUUAUACUUCAGCUGGUGAUCUGUUGACUCUAGAUUUUGAGGCAGAAAGCGAAUACCGCAUGUUUCCGGGCGAAGAAAUCACCAUUUCUAAAGGCUACUUGAGCAUAAUCGAAUAUCUUGCAUCUGUUCUUCCUCCUGGUGUAAUCCAAUUAGACCGCAAAGUCUCAAGUAUUGAAUGGCAACCUGAGGGUCAUCAAUCUGUAGAAAUGGCAAAUGUUUUUGAUUCCAGGCCUGUGAAGAUACACUUCUGUGAUGGAUCGGUUAUGUUUGCUGAUCAUGUGAUUGUCACAGUUUCACUAGGGGUCCUCAAAGCCGGAACUUGCCAAGAUUCAGGUAUGUUCAAUCCUCCCCUUCCUUUUUUCAAGACAGAGGCUAUAUCAAGACUCGGAUAUGGUGUUGUUAACAAGUUGUUUCUCCAAUUGAGUCCAACUGGUAAUCGAAAAGCCAAUGUUACGGACAAGUUUCCUUCCUUGCAAAUGGUUUUUCAUCCUUCAGACUCCGAUUUAAGGCAUAAAAAGAUCCCGUGGUGGAUAAGGAGGACAGCUUCCCUGUGUCCUAUUUAUAACAAUUCAAGCGUCUUGCUAUCUUGGUUUGCAGGGAAAGAAGCUCUUGAGCUCGAAACGCUUAGCGAUGAAGAGAUUAUAAACGAAGUGUCAACAACAGUUUAUAGUUUAUUAUCACAACCCCACAAGGAAGUGAAGUCUAAUAAUUCCCAUGAAUUCUGCAAUGAGAAUGUGAAAUCUAUUGAGAGCUCAAGUGAAAGUGAAGUAAGAUUUGUUAAGGUUUUGAAGAGCAAAUGGGGUAGUGAUCCUCUAUUCUUGGGAUCUUACAGUUAUGUUGCGGUUGGAUCUAGUGGUGCUGAUUUGGACACAAUGGCUGAGCCAUUACCAAAGAUUGGGAGCUGUGAGUCAAGCAGUGUGCAUCCACUUCAAAUUUUGUUUGCUGGGGAGGCUACACACAGAACACACUAUUCUACAACCCAUGGAGCUUAUUUUAGUGGUCUCAGGGAAGCCAAUAGGCUUCUCCAACACUAUCAUUAUGUUGGCAAUUUAAUUUAAUUUUUUUUUAUUACCCUAUUUUCCUGAUCCUUCUCAUUUUCUAUCUAAAGCAUAUUUCGUUCUUUCUUUAAAGUAAGCAAGAGUGAAUGAGAGCAAAAGAGGGGAAAAAAACUAGGGAGGGGGGGAAUGAAAGAGAUAGGACAUUUU